UCUCAUGGAACACGACCACGACCACGACCAACGCCGGAGCUACGGCCACCACCAUAUUGCUCGGAAACUCAACUUUAACGCUCCCCUUUUGACCACCCGCCGUCCCGCCGCCUCCAAUGUUGGUAUCGGUCGCUUGAGUAUCUCCGGCUCCACAACCAGCGACCGAGUUCCUUUCUGUUGGGAGCAAGCUCCUGGCAAGCCCAAGGACUAUGUCGAGAGAUGUCACGACGUCGUUUACGACAGCUCCGCUACUACUCCUCGUCCUACACUUCCGCCUCGAUGGUGGCGACCACCGAUUCAAACAAAAGAAAACACUCGACAUAGUGAGAGUGACGACAAUUUGAGUGAGAGUGAUUAUGUCUUGUCCGAUGUCGUGGAUGUGUUCUCGUUGUCGGAGGCCAUCGACAUAGUCGAGAAGGCCGAGAAGGAUUUGAAGCUAAACGAGCUGAAUUUAUAUAGAGAGAAGGAAGAAGAAGAAGAAGAAGGAAAGAAUGUGAGUUACAAGCGGUCGUCGAAUUUCAUGAUCGAGCGGUUUCUACCGGAUGCAACGGCAUUAGCAGCCUCAUCGGUGUUGAACCGCCACGCUUUCUCGCCGCAGAGGGUGGGAGGGAGGCCAUUUUCACCGCCGAAGGGUUGUGGGCUAGACAUGUUGUUUCCAUGGCGGAUAAAGCACCACCAUCGGUUGUGUGGAGUGAGAAGUCCGGUGAGGGAUAGCAACCGUAGGGUUGGAUCCAAAUCUUCUGUAAAGCAAAGCAAAAGACACAUAUAAUUUAGUUUGAAUUCUUAAUUUGAUCUAUAGUUAAUAUAAAUUUUUAUACUAAACCCUAAUUCUUAUUCAUGUACUCAUUUUUGUUC